AUGGACGAAGCUCACGAACGUUCACUCAAUACUGACGUUCUGUUCGGUCUACUCCGAGAUGUGAUUGCUCGACGCUCCGAUUUACGCCUUAUUGUCACAUCCGCUACAAUGGAUGCCGAAAAGUUUGCAAAUUUCUUUGGAGGCAGCUGUCCAACAUUCACGAUACCUGGCCGUACGUUUCCCGUGGAGAUUUUUCACGCGAGAGCCCCGGUGGAAGAUUAUGUGGAUGCCGCCGUCAAACAAGCAAUCACUGUUCACCUUGGUGGCAUGGAUGGAGAUAUUUUGAUUUUUAUGCCUGGUCAGGAAGACAUUGAAGCGAACUUCCAACGUGGCCCCUGGCGCAUGCGGAAGUGCAUUGUGGCCACGAAUAUAGCUGAGACUUCUUUGACCGUUGACGGUAUUCUGUUUGUGAUCGAUCCGGGUUUCUGCAAAAUGAAAGUCUACAAUCCACGUAUUGGUAUGGAUGCUCUCCAGAUUUUCCCCGUGUCUCAAGCGUCUGCAAAUCAAAGAGCUGGUCGUGCUGGUCGAACAGGUCCAGGACAAUGUUUCCGUCUCUACACGGAGCGGCAGUUCAAGGAGGAGAUGCUCUCUCUUGGUGUUGACGAUCUGCUCAAGUUUCACUUUAUGGAUGCGCCACCACAGGAUAACAUGCUUAAUUCCAUGUAUCAGCUAUGGACCCUUGGAGCACUCGACAACACUGGACAGCUCACAGAAUUAGGUAGGACCAUGGUUGAGUUUCCACUGGAUCCUACGCUAUCGAAGAUGUUAAUCAUGUCAGAAUCGAUGGGAUGCAGUGAAGAUGUCUUGACCAUAGUAUCUAUGCUUUCCGUGCCGGCGAUAUUUUUCCGACCGAAAGGUAGGGAAGAUGAGGCAGAUGCGAAAAAGGAGAAAUUCCAG